AUGGAUCAGGAUUUCGAAAGCCCUAUUGUUGAACAAGAAGUCUUCCCUUCAGAAGGGGCUCAAGCUUCAGGAAGCUCCUUUGAAGCUCCCGAGCUGGAUAUUUCAAAAGGCAAAAGCAAGCAGCCUGAGUCUGAAUUUGUGGAUGUCGCUCUGCUUCAGAACAUGGAGAACUCCUUUAAAGAUUCAAAGACUUCAAAACUUCAAGAAAAUCUUUGUGGUCUAACUUCUUUGUUCUUUGACCCGAAACAACACUUACAUCAAAAGUUUGGCAAUAAUUUUCAACCUUUAAGCGCUGAAGGAGAACAGAUUUCUGCUUCUAGUUCUAGUCCAGUCAAUCCAACUUCUCAACCUCCAAGUGAAAGACUUGUAAGACAUGCUACGGAUGCAAAUCUUGACACAUUUUUAUCUUCUAGCCCUGCUUCUGCUCAAGAAAGAAGAUUGGGAAGAAACAUUCAAACCAAAAUGCUAGUAACGAAACAUUCAAACCAAAAUGCUCCAGAAAAUUUAGAUCGUAUAGAGAAAGACAAACAAAUUGAGUAUUAUGAGAAGAAAGACGACUUUCUGUCCUGGAUAAAACUUGAUAUUUUUGAGCUUAUUCAUGCAGCUUUCCACAAUCCAACUAAUGAUCCCAUGGCCUGGUCCUUUAAGAGUUUUCUUGAGGAUAAAGCUAAAAAUAACUUUGAAGGAAUGAAGACUGCUUCAUCGUUUACUAAAAAUGCCAAGGAUAUCAUUGAUCAUCACACUAGGAAAACCAUGGUAAAUGUUAUGUGGUCGCCUACAAAACAAGCUAAAAGGAUUCCGCUUCGCAAACGUUUACCAGAAGGCACUUUGGACUCAAUGCAAUUCUGGGGUUAUGAUGAUGCUAUUGCACCGGUAGUGAUCAAGCUGAAAAAGAACCAAUAUCGCAUUGUUGAUCCCAAAGACUUAUUGAGGCUUUGUGAAUGUGAUAUCCGAAAUUUGUCAAAAUUUCAAAUAGAUAUUGAGAAUGAAUUGUUUGAAGCUGCUGCUAAAGCCUUCACCGGAAUGGUAGCUACCAUAAUUGAAUAG